ACAACAGUGAGGCUCAGUCUCAGACCCUGACAACGUUCCUGCAGGACCUUUCUUCCCUUGUUGAUCAUGAUGAUGUGUUUCCUGCCCUGAGAAACAACGUCGCUAAGGAAGGAGAACUUCAAGCCAAGAACAACAUAACCAAAGUGAUGGCCGCAUGUGACUCCAAUCCUGACGAUAACCAACUGUCCGAUGCAGAGUGGUACUGGGGCAGCAUCUCGAGAGAGGAAGUAAAUGAGAUGAUGAGAAACACUUCUGAUGGCACAUUCCUGGUCCGUGAUGCUUCCAGUCGGGUUAAGGGGGAAUAUACUCUCACGCUAAGGAAAGACGGUUCCAACAGACUGAUAAAGAUUUUCCAUCAUGGCGGCAAAUAUGGCUUCUCUGAGCCACUGGCUUUUCCCUCUGUGGUGGACCUAAUCCAGUACUACCAGAACAAAUCACUAGCCCUGUACAACUCUAAACUGGACACACGGCUACUCUACCCCAUAUCCAGAUACCAGCAACAGCAGGUUGUGAUGGAAGUUGACACUGAUGCAGUCGGAGAACAGCUGAGGAUAUUUCAGGAUCAAUACAAAGAGAAGAGCAAAGAGUACGACCGUCUGUUUGAGGAAUUUAACCAAACCUCCCAGGACCUGCAGAGCAAGCAUACAGCCAUUGAGGCUUUCAGUGAAAUCAUUCGGAUCUUUGAGGAGGAGUGUGAAACUCAAGAACGCUACAGCAAAGAAUACAUCAACAUGUUCCUCAAAUUAGAAAGCAGCGCAGAGUCUGACAAGAUUCAAAGCAACUCUGAUGAGCUGCAGUCGAGGGUGGAGGAGAUCCACAACAGCAAGAAGAAGUUGGAGGAAGAGCUAAGAAAGAAGGCACUGGCUCACAUGGAAGUUGACAGGAAAAUGAGCAGUCUGAAGCCCGACCUUGUGCAGCUAAGGAAGAUAAGAGAUCAAUACCUGCUCUGGCUCACCCAACAAGGCACCAGGCAGAGCCAGAUUAAUGACUGGCUGGGUAUCAGGAGUGAAGAAGAAGACCCAUAUACCCUGGCAGAUGAUGCACAUGAGGAGGAGAGGAGCUGGUAUGUUGGUAGUAUGAGACGAAAGGAGGCUGAGGAGCUGCUGAGAGGGAGGAGGGAUGGGACCUUCCUCAUCAGAGACAGCCAAACUCAGAGGGGCUCCUUUGCCUGCUCUGUUGUAGUGGACGGGGAUGUGAAGCACUGUGUGAUCUACAGGACGUCCACGGGUUAUGGCUUCGCUGAGCCCUACAACCUGUACUCAUCGCUGAGAGAACUGGUCCUCCACUACCGACAUACAUCCCUGAUCCAACACAACCAGCAGCUGAAUGUAACCCUGGCCUGGCCAGCUCUCAGCCAGCAGCCCAGCUGAGACACACCAGCACGCCACCCUGAUGGCACUUUCCCAAAGCUUCACUGUAUUAAUA